GUGACAUUUCCUGCUAGGAGACACUGGAAAUUUGUUCCUGCUUCCCAGGUGCUGGAGCUCUCAGAGUAUCCCAGAGGCACAAUGGCAAACAGAACUGGACUUAACGCUACUCAGGGGCUAGACACUUCCUCUCUACCAGAGGUGUCCCAAUUCCAGGAGGCCGUUGGCCUUUUCUUCAUGGUCCUGCUGAACCUCGUAGCCUUGGUUGCCAAUGUGGCAGUGAUGGUGGUCAUCCUCAAGACCCCUCUGCUGAGGAAGUUCAUCUUUGUCUGCCACCUCUGCCUGGUGGAUCUGUUGUCCGCCAUCUUCCUGAUGCCGCUGGGGAUCAUUUCCAGCUCCUCUUGCUUCAACAGGGUGAUCUACAGCAUCGCAGAGUGCCAGACCUUAAUCUUCUUGAACAUCUGCUUCAUCAGCGCCUCCAUCCUCACCAUCUCGGUCAUCAGCGUGGAGAGAUAUUACUACAUCGUUCACCCCAUGCGGUAUGAGGUCAAGAUGACUGUUGGGCUGGCAGUCACAGUGGUGGUCUUCAUCUGGAUUAAGUCGAUCCUGGUCACAGUCUUGGCAUUGGUGGGGUGGCCUCAAGACAACGGGGCCACGAGUGCCAGUAAGUGCACUGUGUCCUGGAGCCCUGGGGCCCACAAGAAGGUCUUUGUUAUUGUCUUCAGCACCCUCUGCUUCUUCCUGCCUACCUUGAUCAUCUUUGCUGUCUACUGCAGCAUCUACAAAGUGGCCCGGAUUGCCUCCUUGCAGCACGUGCCCGUCCCCUCUUGGACCGCUGCCCCGCGGCAGCGAUCGGAGUCUAUUAACAGCCAAGUCACUAUCAUUACUACCAGAAACCUGCCUCCCAGGCUGUCCCCAGAGCGGAUGUUUGGAGGGGGAAAAGCUGCCAUGACUGUGGUCCUCAUUGUGGGUCAAUUCUUGUGUUGCUGGUUGCCAUUCUUCUCCUUCCAUUUAUACUGCUCCAUUAACUCUGUCAGCCCGGGCAGGGGCCACGGGGAGACGGUCGUCACCUGGCUCGCCUACUCCUCCUUUGCUAUCAACCCUUUUUUCUACGGGUUACUGAACCGCCAGAUACGGGAAGAGCUGUCUAGGCUGGGGCGGAGCUGCCGCAACAGACCCUUGAGCCAGGAGCUCUGUCUCUCCAGCCCGGAGGGUUCCAUACAGGAGAACUUCCUUCAGUUCCUGCAGAGGACCAGCUGCACGCUGGAGACCCGAUCCAGUUACGUCAACUCUAGCCCCAGGAACACUUUGGACCAGACCAUGAUGGGCUUCAGAAUUCCAGGCCAAAUCCCAGAAGAAACCAACUGAGAAAGCACAGUGGGCUGGGGUCAACUUCAUUUCCCUGCUCUCCAUAUCCUGGCCUCUGCUAGGAGAAGGAUUGAAGCAGGGUUUCAGCUGAUCCAAAGGACUGACCAACCCUUUUUAGACCUGGCGGGAGGGUCGGGGUUAUGGCUUUGGAAGAACUUGCCUUCAGCCAGAGUAAAUCCAGUGAAAGGCUAUUUCCGAGGCUUUACAAUA